AUGGCUCCAAAAACUCUCCUCGUUUUUUGCGACGGCACCGGUAUGGAUGGAUCACUGUCCGAAGGCUCUGGAGACACUCAGGCUUCUCAAGCAACUGGUGGCCUUCUUGGUGGAGCCUCGCUUGGUGGAGCCCCGCUUGGUGGAACCCCGCUUGGUGGAGUCACUACCUUGUUAGAUUCUGUAGAUGGCGGUCCUGUCCACGCGCAGUAUGCCACGAACGUCUUGCGUCUUUCGCGCUCCGUUCUGCCUUACGACAAAAAUGGGAACAAACAGAUUGUUUUCUAUCAGAGUGGCGUGGGUUCCGAAGCGAACUUUGAUGGAGAUCAGGUGACAGGGGCAGAUGUAUUACAGGCCUUGGGUACCGCCGUCGCGAGUAAGAUUCGUGAUGCCUAUGUUUUUAUUGCGCAAAACUUCGAGGAUGGAGACGAAAUCUGUAUUUUUGGGUGA